AUUUUUCCUGCCUUUCCACUGAUUUCCUUUUUAUUGUUGUUGCUAGUUACUAUUACUAUUAUACUACUAUAAUGCUGAUGACUUUACUAUGCUGAUAUAUUACUGAUGGUGAUGAUAAAUGACACUGCUGAUUUUUAACCAGAUGAAAUCGCGUUUUUCUGAGUGUUCCUGACUGAGCUGGGUUUUUACCCUUUGUGAGAGACAACAAGGUUUUUGCAUUUUUAAAGUGGAUUGAUCACGCUAACUCUUUUUCCCCCCUUGACUGCUGAGAGUGGGACCUGGUUUCUCCUGAACUGUUUUAGAGCGUCUCUGGAAGUCUGUAUUUUUAUUUUUUCUUUUGUUUUUUUUAUUUUUUUAUUUUUUAAUCUUUCGUUUGUGCCAUUUUUAAACUUGCUGCCGUAUGAUGUCUGUGGUGCUGAUCGCCCGUGGUGGCGAUGGCCCUUCCCCAACAGCCCCCUCCUCUUGUGCCCCCAAAACCCUCCUCCUGCUCUCUUCCUCUACGCCGUCCUUCCCUCAAAACAACCCACCACCACGCCACGGACACCUGGCCUGGAGCGGCAGCAACAGCCAAUGGAACCGCCCGUGGAGCAGAUACAAACCCAUCCCAGGCGAUGACAUAAACCUGGCAGCCGAGCCGAAGGUGAAUCGAGGCAAGGCGGGUGUGAAGCGAUCGGCGGCGGAGAUGUACGGGUCAGUAGCUGCACCACCUUCUCCGUCCCCUCUAGUCAGGUCUUCCUUUGAUCUGGACUAUGACUUUCAGCGGGAUUACUAUGACAGGAUGUACAGCUACCCGGCACGUGUGCCCCCACCUCCCCCCAUCGCCCGAGCGGUGGUGCCCUCAAAACGCCAGCGUGUCUCUGGCAAUACCUCCCGCCGUGGCAAGAGUGGCUUCAACUCCAAGAGUGGCCAGCGGGGAUCGUCCUCCAAGUCUGGUAAAUUGAAAGGUGAUGAUCUCCAGACCAUUAAGAAGGAGCUAACCCAGAUCAAACAGAAAGUGGAUUCCCUGCUGGAGAGCCUGGAAAAGAUCGAGAAGGAUCAAAGUAAACAGACGGAGCAGAAGAACGACAAGUCUGAGGAGGAGCAGAGCAGCAGCUCCAUGAAGAAGGAGGAGAGCAAUGUAAAGCUGGAGUCUGAGGCAGGGGCAGAUGACUCUGCCGAGGAGGGGGAUCUACUGGAUGAUGAUGAUAAUGAGGAUCGGGGUGACGACCAGCUGGAGUCCAUCAAGGGUGAUGAGAAGGAGGCAGAAGAAGGAGAGGACGACAGAGACAGCGCUAAUGGCGAAGAUGACUCCUAAGCACCCAGUGAAGCCCCCGGCAAGGUGCCCAUCUGAUAUUUGAGCCUGUCACUGGCCCCUCCCCCGCCUCCUCCUCACUGCCCGCCCCCUGUGUUCAUGGUGUUGUCUCCUGCCACAUCCCUGCUCUCAUCGUAGUUCUGUUAAGUCCCCUGUAAUUUUCCUCUUUUAAUUUUGAUACCUCUUUAUGACUUAACAAUAAAAAAGGACGUAUGGUUUUUACCUGGUG